GCUUUUAAAGCUAAACUAACUCCAUUACUCCUUGCUUUGGAGUAGUCGCAAAGCGAGUCUUGUCCCGAGAACACACACAGAACCUGAAUCACGCAGAUGUCCGCUUGAUUGACUGCUCCUCCCAUUUCCGUCCGUGCGCGAGCGCGAUCUUGGGCGCUUCCGCUCUGCCUCUCCUGGAAAUUCUCCGUUCUCGCGGUUCUCCAUAUCCCUGGCCAAAGGUGCUGCUUGUGUGAUCCAGCUUUGGGGGAGUUCUUGGAUUCCUGGCAUUGUGCUCUCGUGGACCCAGAGCUCCACAAGAUUGUUGAAAUAGUUUGCCAAUCUAGAGAGAGAGAGAUAUCCUACUUUAAUUGGUUUCUUGGCCUUGGCAAUGCCAUGAGCAAGGGGAACACCAAGACCUAGAUCUUUACAGCUUUAUAGCUCAGGGAUCUUGUCACUUCGUGCUUCUUCGUUCUGAUCUGUGGUGAUUGGAUUGGAGACAAGGAGAAGACAGAGAGGGGAUUCAGGUUACUCUCAGUUGUGUGAAGAUGAAGUAUAUGAAGCUUGGAGCAAAGCCAGAUGUCUUUCAGACAGAGGGGAAUAUCAGGUUUGUGGCAACUGAACUGGCGACGGAUAUUGUUAUCACUGUAGGAGAUGUCAAGUUUUAUCUUCAUAAGUUCCCACUUUUGUCCAAGAGUUCCCGUCUGCAAACAUUGGUUGCCUCCACGGACGAGGAAGGCAACGAUGAAGUAGACAUUUCUGACAUCCCCGGUGGACCUUCAGCAUUUGAAAUCUGUGCAAAGUUCUGCUAUGGUAUGACCGUCACGCUGAACGCGUACAACGUCCUCGCGGCCCGCUGCGCGGCCGAGUUUCUCGAAAUGUUCGAGACGAUCGACAAAGGGAACCUCAUCUACAAGAUUGAUGUGUUCCUCUCCUCCAGCAUAUUCCGCACCUGGAAGGACUCGAUCAUCGUGCUGCAGACAACAAGGUCGCUCCUUCCCUGGUCAGAGAACCUGAAGGUGAUCAACCACUGUGUGGACUCCAUCGCGGCCAAGGCUUCCAUCGACCCCUCGGAGGUCGACUGGUCGUACACCUACAACCGGAAGAAGCUGCCGUCGGAGAGCGACCCCGACUCGCACUGGAACGGCGUGAGGAAGCAGCUGACGGUGCCCAGGGACUGGUGGGUGGAGGACAUCUGCGACCUCGAGAUGGGCUUGUACAAGAAGGUGAUCCUGGCCAUCAAGGCCAAGGGGAGAACCGCCGGCGAGGUGGUCGGAGAAGCGCUGCGAGCCUACGCGUACCGAAGGCUGUUCAGCACCUUGGACAGUGCUGCGAGCAACGGGCUUGACUGCACACGGCACCGUGCGGCUCUUGAGACCAUCAUUUCUCUGCUGCCACCUGAGAGAGGCUCCGUCUCCUGCGGCUUCCUGCUCAAGCUGGUGAGAGCGGCGUGCUUACUGGGGUCAGACGAGACCUUGCGCGGCGACCUGGUAAAGAGGAUCGGCUCGCAGCUGGACAGAGCUUCCGUCUCUGAUCUUCUGAUACCCGCGAGCUCCGACGAGAAUGCUCUCUACAAUGUUGACCUGGUGUCCUCGAUACUGGAGGAGUUCAUGGUGCAGCGCAACGGCGAUGAUGAAGCAUUGGAGGACGGUGAGAGCUACCCGGCCUCUUUGGUCUCUGGCGGCGACUCGGAGCUCGCGUUGGUGAGGCUGGUCGACGGGUAUCUAGCCGAGAUCGCCAAAGACCCCAAUCUCCCUCUCCAAAAGUUCAUCGCCAUCGCUGAAAUGGCGCCCCUCGCGGCUCGGCCGACCCACGAUGGGCUCUACCGCGCCAUUGACAUGUAUCUCAAGGAGCAUCCGAGCCUGACGAAGAGUGAGAAGAAGAGGCUGUGCGGGCUCAUGGACUGCAAGAAGCUGACCGCCGAGGCGAGCUCCCACGCCGUGCAGAACGAGCGCCUCCCUCUGCGCUUGGUCGUGCAGGUCCUCUUCUUCGAGCAGCUCCGAGCAUCGGCCUCCGCCGAGGCGGCAGCGUCUGAUCACCACCCGUCCUCCGCCCUGCGCUCGCUCCUCCCCGGAGAGAACGGCAACUCGUAUGGCAGCUCCAGGUCGGCCGCCACGACGGCCACGACCGAGGACGACCAGUGGGGCGGCGGCAUGGCGCCAGCGUCCGGCGACACCAGCUCCUUCCGGUCGAUGAGCGGCCUGGGCAACAACAAGAGCGGAGGGAACGGCGGCAAGGCGGCGGCCAAGGGCCCGCUGCAGAUGCCGAGGAAGAUGCUGAGCAAGCUGUGGUCCGGCAAGGCGAGCAGCGGGGAGAACAGCGCCGGCUCCGACACGUCGGAGAGCCCCGGCUCCGUCAACCUCGAGGCCGAGACCAAGUCCACGCAUUCGCGGAACACCAGGCAUUCCGUCUCGUAGGCCGCUGCCUUGGCAUUCUUACUUUUUCUCUUUCUUCCUGUUCAGGGCGAGCCUGGCCAUGGAGGUCUCGCUGCUGAAUUGAAUUCGUGUGGAAUGGUUCCACCUGCCAAGGAUGAUCAUCACCCUCAAAGUUAGUGUAUUGUUUGGUUGAUUUUUGGUGUCUAUACAGAAAUAAAAUCUGGUUUGGGGUUGCUAAAAGCAUGGGAGCGCCUUGCAUGGCAUGGCAUCGUGAAGCAAUGCUUCAAUCUAGUAGCACAUGAGGGUGAUCAUCCUUGUCAGGUGAGAUGUAGCAAAUCCGGAUCGGAGAUCUCUCGUCUCGCCCCCGACAAA